UAACACUCAAACCAUAUGCCCGAUUACACGAGUAAAAGUCGCGCUUGAUUUGUGCUGGAAGCGUGUGCGGACAGAUCUUGAGCACAGGGACUAGGAGAAUAUGGAAGAUGACUGCCAAUACACUCGCAGCCCUGCCUGGGAAGAACUGGUAAAUCGUCAGAACACCGGCUAUAAUGUUACUGGAGAAACAUCUGUUGCUGUAUCCUCGCCAUAGUUUGAGUGAGAUACCCGUCCGCCGCUAGGGUUUGCUACAGAGAUUUCCUCCCGCUCCAAGCGUCUCAGCCCCCCGUCUGCCUCCAUGCAGUCAGAUAACCGCUCAGGAGAACCAGCAGCCGUGUUCAGACACGAAAAUGCACUCCACCCGGCUAGGAAAGUUUCACAGCAGCUCAUUUAAAAUAUCGGACUAAGUGAAUGCCUGGUGGCGCGCGGUUGGGCAGAAAAACGCAAAAGCAUGACGGCCAAGAGAACGGCUUUCCAGCCGUUGUCCAGCUCCCGCAUCCCGGUGGAGAGGAAGGGAGCGGCUGAGCGCGUUCAUAACCCGGAGUGCUGUGACUCUUCCCCGCAGGAGCCGGAGAAACCAGCGGCGUCCCCAUCAGGGCUUCCCGCCAUGGGGGCUGUCGGGGGAUCUGGGCCGGUGGUGGACGAGUCAUCUGACAGCGAGGGAGAGCAGGAAGGGCCGCAGAAACUCAUCAGGAAAGUGUCAACCUCCGGGCAAAUACGAAGCAAGACGAGUGUGAAGGAAGGGCUACUUCUGAAACAGACAAGCUCGUUCCAGCGUUGGAAAAAACGUUAUUUCAAAUUGCGGGGACGUACUCUCUACUAUGCCAAGGAUGCCAAGGCGGGUGGCGUUUUGGCCCGCUGGCAGUAUCGAGUCUCUCGUAGCCGCGUGUGCUGGAGGGUGCUUUCCGUCUGCUGGACCGGUGCCCGCCGUCCGCCGCCCGUUCUUGGCGCCAGUGGAUCGGAGGAAGGCUUGGUGGCGAUUCGGUCUCUUAUUUUCGAUGAAGUGGAUCUUUCAGAUGCCAGUGUUGCCGAAUCAAGCACAAAGAAUGUCAACAACAGUUUCACGGUAAUUACACCGUUCCGAAGGCUUAUCCUGUGUGCCGAGAACAGGAAAGAAAUGGAGGACUGGAUCAGCUCACUGAAAUCGGUUCAGUCCAGAGAGCAUUACGAGACGGCACAGUUUAAUGUGGAACAUUUCUCAGGGAUGCACAACUGGUAUGCCUGCUCCCACGCUCGCCCUACCUUCUGUAACGUCUGUCGGGACAGCCUCUCAGGGGUCACUUCUCAUGGCCUCUCCUGUGAAGUGUGUAAAUUCAAGGCCCACAAAAGAUGCGCAGUCAGGGCCACCAACAACUGCAAAUGGACAACGUUGGCCUCUAUCGGGAAGGACAUCAUUGAGGAUGAGGAUGGGAUUGCAAUGCCACACCAGUGGCUGGAAGGUAACCUGCCCGUCAGUGCCAAGUGUGCCGUUUGCGACAAAACAUGUGGCAGCGUGCUGCGCUUGCAGGACUGGCGUUGUUUGUGGUGCAAAGCCAUGGUGCACACAGCGUGCAUGGAUCUCUACCCCCGCAAAUGUCCCCUCGGCCAGUGCAAAGUGUCCAUCAUCCCCCCUACCGCCCUCAACAGCAUUGACUCAGACGGAUUCUGGAAGGCCACCUGUCCUCCAUCAUGCGCUAGUCCACUCCUCGUGUUUGUCAACUCAAAAAGCGGAGACAACCAAGGGGUAAAAUUCCUGCGUCGCUUCAAACAGCUGCUCAAUCCCGCUCAGGUCUUUGACCUGGUCAACGGUGGACCUCAUUUAGGCCUUCGCUUGUUCCAAAAGUUUGAUAAUUUCCGAAUCCUCGUGUGUGGUGGAGAUGGAAGCGUUGGUUGGGUUCUGUCUGAAAUCGAUAAACUAAAUCUUCACAAACAGUGCCAGCUGGGCGUUCUGCCACUGGGCACCGGGAAUGACCUGGCGCGUGUGCUUGGUUGGGGGCCGUCAUGUGAUGAUGACACGCAACUCCCUCAGAUACUGGAGAAGCUGGAGAGAGCCAGCACGAAAAUGCUGGACAGGUGGAGUAUAAUGACCUAUGAGAUUAAAAUACCUCCCAAACACAGCUGCCCCGUCACACCUGAGGAGGCAGAGGACGGCCAGUUACAGAUAUCUGCUUAUGAGGAUUCAGUGGCUGCUCAUCUCACAAAGAUCCUGAACUCAGAUCAGCACUCAGUGGUCAUAUCUUCAUCAAAGGUAUUGUGUGAGACAGUGAAGGAAUUUGUGGCCAAAGUUGGAAAGUGUUAUGAAAGAAGCAGUGACAGCACAGAGGAAGCUGAUGCACUGGCCCUCAAAUGUGCAAUUCUGAACGAGAAGCUAGACUCCCUCCUGCAGACGCUGAAUUUGGAAGCUCAGGCCAUGACUCCCUCAGCCCUCACCACACCACCCAUCGUGGAGGAGGAGGUGGAGGAGGAAGAGCUGGAGGAAGAUGAAGAUCUGAGUGAAGAGUCUUUAACGGAGCUGAAGGAGAAUGAGACGGAGAAGGGCUCUGCUCAUAAGCUUUUCAGACCCCGCGAGCAGCUUGUGCUGAGAGCCAACAGCCUGAAGAAAGCGCUCAGACAGAUCAUUGAGCAGGCAGAGAGAAUGGUGGAUGAGCAGAACGCUCACACUGAGGAGCAGGAGCUGCAGUCUCCCAAUGACUUCAGGAAGGACAGUGAGGAGGAAAACAAAGACAACGAGAAGGACGAGGACACUAAAGAACUGGAAGUUCUGCCCUUGGCUAAGUCACCGUGUUCGCCGCCGGAGAGGCGUAUCAGUCGCAGCACACAGUCCUGUGGCUCCUUUUCCAUCACUCCCUUCACCACAAGCAAGGAGAACCUGCCUGUUCUCAACACACGCAUCAUCUGUCCCGGUCUGCGGGCUGGUCUUGCUGCCUCCAUCGCUGGAAGCUCCAUUAUCAGUAAGAUGCUGCUUGCCAACAUAGAUCCAUUUGGUGCCACUCCCUUCAUAGAUCCUGACCUGGACUCAUUAGAGGGCUAUUUGGAGAAGUGUGUGAUGAAUAAUUACUUUGGGAUUGGCCUAGAUGCAAAGAUCUCACUGGAAUUCAACAACAAACGUGAGGAGCACCCAGAGAAAUGCAGAAGUCGUACUAAAAACAUGAUGUGGUACGGAGUUCUGGGGACGAAAGAGCUUCUGCAGCGGACCUACAAAAACUUGGAGCAGAAAGUUCAGCUGGAGUGUGACGGGCAGUACAUCCCACUCCCCAGUCUCCAGGGAAUCGCUGUGCUGAACAUCCCCAGCUAUGCUGGGGGAACCAACUUCUGGGGCGGCACCAAAGAGGAUGACAUAUUUUGUGCCCCUUCAUUUGAUGAUAAAAUUUUGGAAGUGGUCGCUGUGUUCGGUAGUAUGCAGAUGGCUGUCUCAAGGGUGAUCAAGCUGCAGCAUCACCGUAUUGCACAGUGUCGCACGGUGAAGAUCACCAUUCUGGGAGAUGAAGGAGUGCCUGUCCAGGUGGAUGGAGAGGCUUGGAUUCAGCCUCCUGGAGUCAUCAAGAUUCAGCAUAAGAACCGGGCUCAGAUGCUGACAAGAGACCGGGCAUUUGAAAACACAUUGAAGUCUUGGGAGGAUAAACUGAAAUACGACAAGCCUCCACUGAGGCCGCACUUGUAUCCUCAGCAUUCUGUGGAUCUGGCCACAGAGGAGGAGUCCGCGCUCAUCCAGAUGUGUGCCCGAGCCGCUGAGGAUCUCAUCACCAGGAUCUGUGAGGCUGCCCAAAACUACCAACUCCUCGAGCAGGAGCUUGCCCACGCCGUCAACGCCUCUUCACACGCCAUCAACAAAACACACCCCAAGUUCCCCGAGAGCCUGACAAGAAACACUGCCAUUGAGGUGGCGAGCACCGUGAAGGCCCUGCACAAUGAGACUGAGUCUCUGCUAGUAGGACGAGUGCCAUUGCAACUGGACCCUCCGCAUGAAGAGCUGCUGUCCAAUGCCCUACAGAGCGUUGAGCUUGAACUGGGCAAGCUGGCUGAGAUCCCCUGGCUCUACCACAUCUUACAGCCCAAUGACGAGGAGGAUCACUCCCUCGAGUACGGAAAAAGAAACAGUCGGAGUGGCAUGUUUCGCAUAGUGCCAAAGUUCAAGAAAGAGAAAGUCCCCAAGAAGUCCAGCCCACAGUCAGUUCAGAGGUGGGGCACUGAGGAGGUGGCCGCCUGGCUGGAGCAGCUCAGCUUGGGGGAGUACAAAGACACCUUCAUCCGUCACGACAUCCGCGGCUCCGAGCUCCUGCACCUGGAGAGGAGAGACCUCAAGGAUCUGGGGAUCUCGAAGGUGGGUCAUAUGAAGAGAAUUCUCCAGGGAACUAAGGACUUGGCCAAGAGUUCGAUGGUGGACCUGUGAGACAUCAACACACAUUCCGUUCGUGAGCGAAGAGGAGUUGAAGCGGAGCUCCAGUGUGGGAGGCGCUUUAGUGUCGUGGAUUCAUGUAGGAAUAGCUUGUAGAAAAGCAAGGAAUGUUUGUUUUAGAAGCAAGUGCUGGUGCCAAAACGACAAGGAUUGUGUCCGAGACUUUUAGACCCAUAGAAAAGCCAUUCCUCACUUAUUGCAUCAACGGCACAAUCAGGUAUGCAAUUCUCAUAGUGCACGCGACCUCUGGCCUCUUUAAAAGAUCCAAAUCAAGUAGCAGAACAGGACUUCCAAACAGCGUUUUCUCCGAAAGGAGCACGGCCUCUGAGUAGCUCACUGGCUCUUUGCCUUGCGGUAGAUGGCAACAACAGGAGGGCGAUGUGAUGUGUCAGCAAUAUUCUGCUUUUGACAGCACUGUUUACAUUUUAAGGAGACGGGAAAAAGACUGCUGGAGUAUCGCAAUCAAACGGCAAUCAUCGUAGUGUGGCGGUGCAGUCCAGGAAAGGUCAAAAGGGGUUUCCUUCGACAGUGACAUACUGAUGCAUGGUAUGCUUGCUAUAUUUGGAUAGCUAUUUUACUGCAUGAUCUGCGUCUUGUUUUUUAUUGUACAAACUAACACUUGAACAAGUUUUAUAUGAAUUUAGUAUAAUGCCGUUUGUUACUACUGAAGCAUCCCUUUUGGUCCAAGUAGACUGCUGAUUUAUUUCUAUUUAUCUGUCUGCAUGGAAACCUUGUGUCAAAAGCAGUGUCAUGUGCCAUAUUUAUUGUCAGAUGAGCUUUAUUGGUAAGAAAUGUUUUAACCUUACAGUAGGACGUUAGCUAAGUCGACAUCUUGGUGAAUCAAGUACCAAAAACAAUGUCCCCAAGAAGUUUAAAUUCCCCUUUUAAAUUCUGAAAAAUUUUCAAAUCUGAAGUUGUUCAGAAAAACAUCCACACGACAUCUGUUUGUGGCUUAAAACAUAUUAUUAUACAUUAGUUGAAAUAGGACUUCUAUUGUUUUGAAUAAGAAACUGCAGUUGACCUGCAACAUAGUUGAUAUUUGCUGAGUUCAGGAACCCAGUGCAAGUUCUAUAGGAUCAUCUACAUUUGGUUGGUGGCAUUACAGGGUAUAAGAGAUGUUUGUUAAUAUAUGCACUGUAUAUACGUUUAAAAAGUCUAAACUGUUAACUCCAGUUAUAAGUAAGGCCUUUGUAUAAUAGAAAGCUUACAUGAUAUUAUCAGAUGGCACAUUUAUUUGUGUAUAGAGCACCAUAACACCCUUGUGAAUUAUUAUGUUAAGUAAUCGCCUUUACACGUUAAGUGCUGUUGUACUCUAUGGAAGGUGCAAUAUUGUAUUUAUUUUGAUACAUUUCUUCUCUAUGAAGCUUUAUUAUGUGAGGUUUUUCCAUGGAAAACUAAAAAGAUAAACUUCACACACUCCUCUUUUUUUUGGUUUCCGAUUAAGGUGGACUUAGGGUCAAAUUUUGCCAUGUUCUCUCCAAAAUUCAUAAAUCUUCCAUUAGCAAAUUGUUGAUCCUGUCUAACUGUGCUUCCAGGAUAAUUUGCUAGACGGCUGGAUGUUUCCUCACACCGACUAUAAAACUGUUGUGCCUCUAUUUUUUCCGUUAAAUGGAAAAUUUCGAGCUACACGUAGCUUUCCCAACCAACAAUGCACAUGGGGCUCAUAACAGCGGAUUUUAGUUUAUGUUAUAUUAUAAUGUUCCUCUAGAGGGUGUUCGAUAACAUCAAAGUAGUAGUUGAUACUGUAUAUAUAUACAGAGAGAAAGAGAGUUGUGUCGGAAAAGAUGUGGCGUUCCCUACCAAGAAAUGCAGUUCUACCCACAAUUUACCUGAAGUGAGAAUUCAAACAAAUAUGGAGAACGAGCACAGGCCUAGAGGAUUGGGUUUGGUCUGUUGGGUAAAACCAAGGAGGAUGUUUUUAAAAAGGAAAAUACACAUUUGAAGAGUUCGGUGAGAGUUUAGUCAUUAUUAUCAAACAAAUUGAACUAAAAAUGAGACUCAAUUCAUGACAGCAUUCAUUAAUCAAUAAUAGAUUACAUUACUGGUUCUUAGCAGGUUUUGCUUAAGGAUUUUACAUUCAACAUGGCGCCAAACGUAGGGCUGAAUAGUUUAUUGUACACAAAUAGCAAAAAAGUCCUUAAAAGUCAUUCAUAUUAUCAAGAAUGGCAUACAAUAUUGACAAUUUUGUAUAUGCACAAACAGUAGAAGUAUGAUUUUUUUAGCUUGUGCGUUUGGUUUCUAAAUGUCAGUUGAGUUUUAUGCUCUCGGCAGCCAAUAAUUCACCACACAAAACACAUUGUGGUCGGCACAAACCAUGUUUAUUCUUGUUGUAAGUGAACCAGUAUUUAAUGUAGUUUGGCCUUGUCCAUAUUGGCAGCUGCGUAAUAUGUCUAGCUCUUACCAAACGACAGACGAACUUAAUAUUGUAGAGUUUGAUUGGGCGCGUGAUGCUGGACACUUAAAAUUGAAGUUGAGAAAAACAUUUUCUCUUCACAUUUAAAAUUUGAUAAGCCUAUUUUUAUUUCUGUCCUAACUAUACAUAAUUAUAUAGUUAAUUUGUUCCCACUAGGGCCAUCCUUUGGGCGGUGUAACCGGUACGAUUGCAUGCUUAGGACGGCCCGGUACCCACUUUAUAUUAAGUGUCUUUAACGACUAUGUACUAACAUUUAAAUUAAUCCUUUGAUAGAAAGCACUUAUUGUGUACACACAUGGUUUUACAUUGUGCUUAUAUUGAAAAAAAUACCUGCAUGAAAUUACAGCUGUAGUUAAUUUCUGUAAUUACAUCCUUUAACACUUAACCCACCCUUAAUCCCGUAUCUAUAGCUUGUUUCCGCAACUGAAUAAAAAAUAAAAAAGGUCACUGCAACUUUUUUCCUCACAAUUCUGACUUUUUUUCUCACAAUUGUGUGAUAUAAACUCGCAAUUGCGAGUUAUAAAGUCAGAAUUGCUUGAUAUAAAGUCUCAAUUGUGUUAUAAAGUCAGAAUUGUGUGAAAUAGUCUCAGUUGCAUGUUAUAAAGUCAGAUUUGCGAGAUAUAAACUCACAAUUGUAAGUUAUAAAGUCAGAUUUGAAAGAUAUAAACACAAUUGCGAGUUAUAGUCAGAAUUGCAUAAAAAAAAGUCACAAUUGCAUGUUAUAAAGUCAGAAUUGUAAGAUAUAAACUCACAAUUGCGAGUUAUAAAGUCAGAUUUGCAAGAUAUAAACGCAAUUCUGAGUUAUGAAGUCAGAAUUGUGAGUUAUAGUCACAAUUGCGAGAUAAAAACUCACAAUUGCGAGUUAUAAUGUCAGAAUUGCGUAAAAUAGACACAAUUGCAUGUUAUAAAGUCAAUUGUGAAUUAUAAAGUCAAAACUGUAAGAUAUAAACUGAAAAUUGCAUAAAAUAAAGUCAAAAUUGCAUAAAAUAAAGUCAGAAUUGUGAGAAAUAAACUCACAAUUGUGAGUUAUAAAGUCAGAAUUGCAAGAUAUAAACACACAACUCCAAGUUAUAAAGUCAGAAUUGUGAGAUAUAAACUCACAUUUCUGAGAAAAAGUCAGUCUUUGGACUUUGUAACUCGCAUUUGCGAGUUUAUCUCACAAUUCUAAGAAAAGAAGUUAGAAUUGUGAGAAAAAGUCUGAAUUGCAAGUUUAUAUCUCACAAAUCUGACUUUAUAACAAACAAUUGUGAUUUUAUAUCAUGCAAUUCUGAGAAAAAAGUCAGAAUUGUGAGAUAAAAAGUUGCAAUUAUCCUUUUUUCCGUGGCAGAAACAAGUUUCCAUACUUAUCCCACCUCAGUAGCAGCAAAAGUGUUUGGCAAAUACAAUAUGAACACAAUAAGUACAUUUUACCCAACAUGUUUUUUUUUUUUUUUUUUUUUUUUUUUCGUAAGUACAUAGUACUUAAAGACAUCAAAUAUAAUGUGUGACCAUUAAAUGCAUUCUGCAAGUGUUGCCCAGCAGUAGAGAACCACUGGCAUCCAUAAUAAAGGCACAACAGUGCAGACUAUGCUGUACUGUAUGUCUGCAGCCUGCUUUUUCCAGCAGUCAAUGUUAUUUGUCCAUUGCGGUUUAAUUGGCAACUUAAUGUCUCUCACUUUCCAUCUUUUCUCAGUAGUGAGCACCGGUUUCAUGUCUGCCUGUAAGCAUUAUUGCUUAGCUGUUUAAUUCAUCGGCAGGCCCACGUGAAAUCUGCGCCAGCAAAACUCUGCAAAAACCUCUGCAGAUUGGGAUGUGUGUCAAGUUUUACACAUCCCCUCUCCCUUACGUGUUUGUUUAUUAAAUAUUCUGGCCAAUUUAAUGCUUUCAACUACUACUAAGUGUGCAUUACUCUCUGUUUGACACAUUUUACAAGGUUUAAAUUCAUUCCACAGACAUUUUCUCCAAAAUCAGUGUAGAACAUGUUAUCUAUUCAUUGGUGACAGAAAAAAAGCAUCAUGCUGUGAUCAUACCCGACAAUCAAAUGGUGCAUUUAAAGCAACAGUUUUGUUUGUGGUUAUAUGACAUAAUACCGAAACAUAUGUGCACAUACCUCCACGCAUCUCGAAACACGAAUGAAUGUAGUGAUAUGCUUUUCAGAUAUGCAUUUCUGAGUGACCGCAUUGCUAAAGGUAAUUUCCCCAACUAGCUAGAAUCAUUACCAAAGACACAAGAUCAUUUCGAGAACACUUGAUGCUCACACUAUGAAGCUCCCUGUUUAAUUGGCCUUACAUGAUCUCUGUUUGACAGCUGUAGCAGAUCGACCUUGUCUAUGGUGCCUCUGUAUAGUUCAUUUGUUCACAACAGACUCAAAUCACACAAGUGCAGUCUUCCUCUCAUGCCACACUGAAUACAUGUGCACAUGAUCACAUGAACCUCAGUUCAGUUCUCAAGCCACCACAUGAGUGUUUUCAUUGGACUGUGAGUGGCGGUGGGCCUUGGCUUAUCGACAAUGGCGAACGCAAAAGCUGUAAACUGCCUGGUUUUUCAAAAACGAAUUCAUUUUGAGGAAUUUGUAGAGCAAGGUCACAUGAUUUAUAUCCAUUUAAGAGAAGUGCGAUGUGAGUUUCAUUUGUUUACAUUGUGUUUACAAUGGCACAGUUUCAUUUUUAAGACUACAUGUAUAGGUAUAUUUACAAUAUUUGCAUAUUUAUUAAGGUUAAACAACUGAUGUGUAUGUGUUUUCACUAUUGGGAUAUAAUGUUACGGUAGUCACUUGUAUUGAUAUCUGGAUGAUUUUGGUAAGUAGUAGGUAAUUUUUAUGACUACUAAGUGACUGUUUUCUGUGCCUUUUUAUCGUAGAUGCAUGGUUAACUAUUUAUUACAAUAUGGAGGUCACUGAGAUGUGUAUUUUUGUAUCCUGAUUAAAUAAGUGUUUCGAUUUUGAUGUACAUUUUGAGGUGGUAAAAUGCUGCCAGUUGAUAUCUUCCUUCUUCAAUAAAACUGAAUGCAUACACAGUA